AAAAGAAAAGAGGCCGGCCUAAGUUUAGCAUUACAAACCCCCGCCCCUCUCUCCGGUCCUGUUAAAAUCCUAAAACUGGAGCAUUUACAGAUAAACCUCCAGAGACCGCUUCAGCACAACACAGGAGAUCAGGUGACACUGCAAUGAAAGGAGACGCUGCCAAAGCGUGCGUCCCCAAUGGCACCAGCCAAGCCAAGGACCAGAAGCCGCCCUCGGAGGAGAAGAUGGAGGAGCGGGGCCAGUGGAGCAACAAGAUCGAGUUCAUCCUGUCGGUCGCCGGCUCCAUCAUCGGCCUGGGAAACAUGUGGCGCUUCCCUUACCUCUGCUACAAGAACGGAGGAGGUGCGUUCCUUAUCCCCUACUUGAUCUUCCUGUUCACCUGUGGCGUUCCCGUCUUCUUCCUGGAGACGGCCCUGGGCCAGUACACCAGCGAGGGAGGCGUCACCUGCUGGAGGAAAAUCAGUCCGCUGUUUGAAGGUCUCGGCUACGGCACCCAGGUGAUAGUGGCCCUGUUGAACUUCUACUACAUCAUCGUUCUGGCAUGGGGGAUUUUCUACCUGUCCUACUCCUUCUCCUGGGACCUGGCGUGGUCGUCCUGCAACAACACAUGGAACACAGGGGACUGCGUGGAGUUUCAGAGGAGAAACACCUCAAUCAACCAAACGGUCAACCUCAACGCCACCUCUCCUGUCAUCGAGUUCUGGGAGAGAAGAGCGCUGAGGAUUUCCCCGGGCCUCGACCACAUGGGCUCUCUGAACUGGGACCUGGCCCUGUGUCUGUUCAUCGCCUGGGUCAUGUGCUACUUCUGCAUCUGGAAGGGGGUGAAAUCCACAGGAAAGGUGGUCUACUUCACUGCGACCUUCCCCUAUCUGAUGCUGAUCGUGCUGUUGGUCAGAGGGCUCACCCUGCCUGGCGCCGCCAUCGGCAUCAAGUUCUACCUUUAUCCGGACCUGGGACGACUGGCGGACCCGCAGGUGUGGAUGGAUGCCGGCACCCAGAUCUUCUUCUCCUACGCCAUCUGCUUGGGGUCGCUGACUGCUCUGGGAAGCUACAACAAAUACAACAAUAACUGUUACAAAGAUUGCCUGGCGUUGUGUUUUCUGAACAGCGGCACAAGUUUUGUGGCGGGCUUCGCCAUCUUUUCCAUCCUGGGUUUCAUGGCCUUUGAACAGAAUGUGCCCAUCUCAGAGGUGGCAGAAUCUGGUCCUGGCCUGGCCUUCAUCGCGUACCCCCGCGCUGUGAGCAUGAUGCCUUUCUCUCCUCUGUGGGCCGCCCUCUUCUUCAUCAUGAUUGUGUUUCUGGGGCUCGACAGCCAGUUUGUGUGUGUGGAGAGCCUGGUGACGGCGAUAGUUGACAUGUACCCCACCGUGUUCAGACGCAAGAACCGCAGGGAGCUCUUCCUCUUAGGAGUGGUCUUCGUCUCCUUCUUCAUGGGCCUCAUCAUGCUGAUGGAGGGAGGCAUGUAUGUGUUCCAGCUCUUUGAUUACUACGCAGCCAGUGGCAUGUGUCUUCUCUUCAUGGCCAUCUUUGAGACGGUCGUCAUUGCAUGGGUCUAUGGUGCAGAUCGCUUUUAUGAUAACAUUGAGGACAUGAUUGGCUACCGCCCAGGACCUUACAUCAAGUACUGUUGGUUGUACCUCACCCCGGCCACAUGCAUUGGUACCUUUGCCUUCUCUCUCAUCAAAUACACCCCUCUAAAGUACAACAACGAGUAUGUGUACCCGUGGUGGGGCUAUGCCAUUGGCUGGCUGCUCGCUCUCUCCUCCAUGGUCUGCAUCCCGCUUUGGAUGGUGUACAAGAUCAGCACCACCCAGGGGACAUUCAGAGAGCGCAUCCAGUUGCUCAUCACACCGUCUGACGCCUUACCCAAAACCAAGAGGGAGCAGGAGAAGUUACUGGCCAUCUUCGCUCCGGAGGGAGAACUCGCCAUGACCAGAAACGGCUACUAUCCCGUCUCAGAGACAGACUCCAGCUUAUGAGGCCCCCGGUGGUGAUGUGUAUGGGAAAGACAUGUGGGUUUUGGUUCCAUCCUUGACUUGCUGCACCCUUGCCUCCAUUCAAAAGAUCACUGCAGGGAAAGUGUCACAUCAUCUACUUUAUAAUGCAUACAACAGAUAUGGAGGAUUCAGCGCCUGUACAUUUCAGGGAUGGCAGUAAAAGAAGGGUAAAGAAAAAGAAAUUAAAAACUCAUUUAUUGGAUUACUUAGAUGUUUUAGAGAGGGCAAGGGCAUUUUUUCAGGGACAAAAGUUAUUUACUCAAACUGAAAUCUAUUAAUACCAUGGCAUAGAUUGUUCAGCUCUGCAUUUCACACAUGAUGUAAAUGAACUGCUUCUGUUUUAUAAUAGAGGUUAAUGGCAUUUUCAUCUCAUUCAAAGCUGGUCAUUUUAGCGACAGACACGCAGUUUCCACCAAAAGUUUAAUAGUAAAUGUUUUAGUUUGCAUAACAAGGAUGGAGUUUGUGCAAAUGUAGCGCUAAGACUGCAAAAUCAGCAAUGGAACAGGUUUGUUACCACAACAUGUAAGUUACUUUUUAAAGUGUCCUUGUUCUUCUGACAUCACUUCAUGGCUUCUUAGCCAUAUUUGUAUCAUAUACUUUAUUGUCAUAAGUGAUUGGGGGAAAGUGUCCCUUUUGUAUUUACAAGAAUUGAAAUAAAAUGUGUGUUUCACAUGAAUAGACUGUGUAAUGAAAGGAUAUAAUGUCGGUGAAAAUUAUAACACUGUAGCACUGCGAUAGCUGUAGGACUAACGUGACAUAUACGAUGUAGUUUCGUAUUUUGUACUGUAACAUAAUAUGACUGUACAAAGAAAUGUGAAUCUUGUAAGUAUGUUUUUAAAUAAACAUGCAAAAUUU